AUGUCAAGGAACUUAAAAAAUUUAACAAUUCGUACCUCGCUUAGCCAAACUUCAGAUUUGACUACAAGUCAAAACACAGCUCGUAGCACAAGUAUUAAGGUGAUUGGAAGGUUCAGACCAUUAAUUGAUUUUGAAAUGGUAAGUAAUAUUCAGAGUCUAUCUGAAAACAAAAAUUUAAUAACAUUUAUUUCCGACCAAACCGUUUCAAUCGGCCUAGGCAAAGACACAGAAUCUUUCACGCUUGACCAUAUAUUCACUCCUCAAUCAACCCAAAGUGAAGUUUAUGAGCUGCUUGGCAAGCCCACAAUUGAAGAUGUACUAAGUGGCUACAACGGCACAAUUUUUGCAUAUGGACAAACAGGGUCAGGGAAGACACAUACAAUGAUGGGCAAAGAUAUUUUUGACGAAGAGUUUAGAGGUGUUAUCCCGAGAGCAGCAUCUCAAAUUUUUGAGACAGUUAAUUCUGAUUAUGGAGAGGUUGAGUAUAUAUUUACUAGUAUUUUAUGUUUAUAUUUAAUUAAAUCUCUUCGACUUCCGUCUUCAUCCAGUAGGUUCAUCUCUUCGGAUUCCACACUCUGACAACAGUUCUGAAAAACGGUAGGAGGAAUCAGCCUAACCGUCAAACCGUUUCUGAGUCAAAGUCCUUCCGAACCUCUCUAAUCCUCAUCAGACACAAUAGGAUCAAUUCUCUUGCUUCUGAAACUCUCAAAGAGUCCUACCCUCUUCACUGAAUUUGAAGGCCAGGAUGUUAACCGCCCCAACUUACCAUUUUAUAUUCUGUUGCUAGUAUUAAUUUAAUACUGGAAUAUUUAUAAUAAUGCCUUUUUUAUUUAUGAAUUUAUAGGAUAUUUUAAUAGUUCUGAGGUAAAAUAAAUAAAGUACUAGAUACAUUAAAAUGCUCAAUGCUUGAAAUUUAUAAAGAAACUUUACGGGAUUUGUUACAGCACCAACAUGUGAAUCUUAAAAUUAAACAAUGCCCUAGAAGAGGAAUAUAUGUCCAUGGGCUGACUGAAGUCUGCAUCACUUCAGAAAAAGACAUGCUUGAGGUCUUAGCACUAGGGGAACAAAUGAGAACUGUAGCUUCUACAAGAUUAAAUAGCACAUCGUCUAGGUCUCAUUUAAUUUUUAUCACUGAAGUAAGCCAAAAGUUGCCUAAUGAUAGCGAGAAAAAAGGAAAAUUAAAUCUAAUUGAUUUAGCUGGGAGCGAAAAUGUCAAUAGAUCAGGAGUUACUGGAAAUAAACUAGAAGAGGCAAAAAAAAUAAACCUCUCAUUGUCAGCGCUAGGAAAUGUGAUCCACGCUCUCAUUUCUAAUUCUGACCAUAUUCCUUAUCGAGAUUCAAAAUUAACAAGGCUUCUUCAAGAAUCAUUAGGUGGAAACUAUAAAACUACACUGAUAGUAGCCUGCUCACCUUCACCUAGAUCUCAAGAAGAAACAUUAAACACCCUAAAAUUUGCAAUGAGAGCAAAAAAUAUACAAAAUAAAGUGUCAAUAAAUUUCAAAAAUUCACCUGACAGCAUUAAUUUAAUAAUUGAACAAUUAAAGCUUGAAUUAAGCUCAGCCAGAAGUGAGAUCCAAAUGCUCCGAGCAGAAAAAGAAUCAACCACAUCUUGUACUGAUACAAAAUCAAGCGUAUGCCAAUCACCUGCUCCUAUAAGGAGCUACAAAUCUAUUGAAACUCCAGAAUCCAUAUAAAUAAAAUGGCAUUCGGUUCGAGAGAAAUUAGCUCUGCUAAUUUUCUCUCCCUCAUGGAAUUUUAUUUAUAGGGUUAGGUUUUCACUCGAAGACUUCUGGACAGCAAUAGCGGUUUAACUCUGGGAAUAACCAGAGGAACCACUCCUCAGUCCACUCAAGAUUUCGGGCUUUUACCUCUCAGCACAUCCCCACGGGAGGAUGACCCUUUAGGCGGAACACGCGCAGGAGCUGAGUCGAGCGACAAGGGCGACGGCAACGCGCCGGGUGAGACGUGCAGCAAGACCGGUGAAGCAGGAGUUGAUAGAAGGCUUGGACGGGGCUGACCUGUGCAAGAUGGCUCGCCUACGUCAUCAGUUUUGCCAUAGGCCCUUUUGGGCUGCGGCACUAGACACCUUAAACACCAGAUAACUAAGUAAGUAAGAAACUCCAGAAUCCAAGCAUAAGCGUCCUAAUUCAGGUGGAGACUUAAAAGUGAAUGUGUGUCUCGAAGAUCUGCAAAUUUCUACUGAAGACACAGUUUGGCAAGCAUAAAACCCUCCCCGCCCCUAAAUGCCUACUCUUUAUAUAAGAAAUAUAAUAGAUAUUGCAUUAUUUCACUCCUACGCUAUUAAAACUUUGAUUUAUAGCUUUUUGCAUGCUUUAUUUCAUAUCCCUAUUAUAUAAAGAAUUUUUAUAUGGCUAGCAAAUUUAGCCUAUAUUUCUGUAUUAAAUUUAAAUAAAAUAUAUCUAGUAAACUGAAUUUGUUAGAAUGCAUUAAUUUAGUGAAAUCGAUACUAAAUAUUGUAUGUGUCUAUGAUACAUAAUUAUGCUUAAAUUGAUUUACUCGUGUCUAUCCAUUUUAAUGCAGAAUUCAAUUGGACUCAUACUUAAAUGCGAUAAUUAAGCGAUAUCCUCUUUACUCCUUUAUUUAUUAUAAACAAUUUUACCAUAUAAAAAUUAUAUAUAUAGUAGGGAUAUGAAAUAAAGUAUUAAAUAUAUGUAAAAAAUGCUAUAAAUUGCGUUUAAUAGCGUAGGAGCGAAAAUACUGCAAUAUCUCUAGUAUUUCUUAUUAUCUAUAUUAGGUAGUUGUGUAUUGAUAGGGGUUGAGGCUUGACCAACAGUUAAGAAAAUACCGUUUUCUAUAUAUGAAGGUGACUCUUUGCAAUCCUCAUUUAUUGUGCCUCAAGAAAGAACUUCUGAUGAUUAUUUUUUCCCUAGUCCGGGAUGUGAAAAAAUUCCUACAGUCUAUGAAAAUUAUGAACGCGAGUUGGAAAGGCUAAUACCCCCUUUAAAUUAAAACCAAGGAAUCUGUUUCAAUUUUAGGGGAUUGAUUUUAGUUUUGAAAAUAUAUAUAUAAAUUAAUUUAUAAAAUUUACCAAUUCAAAUUGUUAUAUUUAAAAAACGCUCUGCUGCUGUUUUAAAUAUUUUUAAAUAAUCAAAUUAUAGGCACAUUUUGAUUUGGCUAUAUUAAAUGAGUAUCAAAGCUAUUUACAUAUAAAUUACCAUUAUUUUAAGUAUAAAAAGCUAAAAUUUGUCUCAGUUUGAAAUUUAGGGAGUAAGAAAGAAAGUAAAUAUGCUGAAAAAAGAAAAUAGCCUAUAUUUCGAAAAAAUCAGUGAAUUAGAAAAAAAGCUCGCAAAAUCCAAAGAAAAACAACUUAAAGCAGAGCAAAAAGCUCAUGAAUAUUAUGAGCAUUAUCAUAAAAGUAUGCUUCUAAUAAAUAAAGAUGCUGAAGAAAGUAGGUUAUUAAAGCAGCAAAAUGAGCAUGCAACUUUACAAAUAAAUAAGCUAGCCCAUGCUUUGCAAGACUUAGACCAAAGAUAUAAAGCUUUUAUUGAAAAUAGUAAAAAUAUGAAGGAAAGCACUUGCAUAGAAUUUGAUGAAAUUUCAGAAUCAAGCUUAGUAAAAGAUGCAUCAAGCAUCGUCACAGAUGAGACGCUUGGAGAUAUUAAUAUUACAACCAUAACAAAAUAUAUCUCAAUAGACCAAGAAAAAUUAUUAAGCCAAAAUCACUAUACUUCUGAAAUAUAGGAAUUGCCCGAGGAUGGCGCUAUCUUGCGCCAUCCUCGGGCAAUUCAAUAAUGGCCCCACACCGGGAAUCGAACCCACGUGUGGGGCCAUUUUUGGUGCGUGUAAGUCGAUGUUGGCCACACACCAAAAAUGGCCCCACACGUGGGUUCGAUUCCCGGUGUGGGGCCAUUUUUGAAUUGCCCGAGGAUGGUUCAAGAUAGCGCCAUCCUCGGGCAAUUACUAUAAAAAGUGCUAUUGAAGAAAACGCAGAGCUCAGCAAAGAUUUCGCUAUUUUCCAGUUGAAAAAUCAAGUUGUCCAAGCAAGCAUGAUAAACUCCAACAUGACAAGAUCAAUUUAUUCUUUGGAAUGGAAAUUAGAAUUAAUUAAACACAAGUAUGAAGUAAAGAGGAAUUUAUGCAAACACCAGCAAGAACAAAUUAAGGCUCUUGAAGAAAUGAUUGAUUAUCUUCAUGAUUCAUUUCUUCAUAUAGCCAAACUAUCAGAGCUCGGAGAGCCAAAUCCUUGUAAAAUGUCUUUUAAUACUGAAAAUUUAUUAGUCCCAAAGCCGGUGAUACUUAAACCUUUUACUCCAAGACCGUCAAAGAAAUAUCAGACUCCAAGGAAUAAAAAAACAUUUGCUGAGCAUUGUGAAAAAAGCUCUGAGUUAUCAAUUUGUUCAUAUAUUGAAACUGAAUCACAAGAACCACUGAACUUGACAAUGAAAAGCAAAGCAUUAGAAACGAGUUUAGAGAUGCAAAGACUUUACAAUACUGAAUUAAAAAAGAGCAACGAACUAAAUAAAAAUCAAGCUGCAAUGUACCAAAAAUUAUUAUUCAUUAAGAACAUUUAAAAUUCUCCUUAAGAAAUGAAUACACCCUAUUUUUGAUAUAAAAUAACAAAUAAAUGCAAUAAUAGAAUUUUUUUCUAGAAAAGAUAGGGAUAAAUGAUUUUGAGCAAAAAAUCCUUCUAGCUCAAAAGAACGAAAGAGAAAGAUGGAAACUGUUUUUCUCUGAGUUGAAAAAUAAUUGUGAAAAAGAGCUGGCUAGGAAACAAUCUGAGGUUAUUAAUUUAAAUAAGCUGCUGGGAGAAUGGAUUCAUAAAUUUAUGGAACUGCAAGAGUCAGUCCAAUUAGAUAAGAAGCCACUAUCAAAAACAAGUUUUGCAGAAAUCAAAAACCUGGUAAACCAAACCCUUAAUCUGCCGAUGCAAACACCAAUGGGCUUAAAACGAAUGUUUUAUCAUUGCCCUCUGAGGCAGUCUUUAUCAACCGGUGAAAAUCCACAUUUUAAGCCAACUGGCGACAAAAGCCCACUUUAA